CUUUACUUUGAAAAAAAAAAAUACUUCCGGAAAAGGAAAGAAACACACGUGUGGGAACAUUUUACAGUUGAUAGCUAACUAUUAUUGCAAUACACUUCAGACAACGUAUUUGAUAUCGACUUAAACAAGCGCUCCAUCUUUAAAAUAAGUAUUUUACGAUGGCUCCGCCAAGGAGUAAGAAGAGGAAGCCGAGCUUUCGCAGGCUACUGAAGACGAGCAAUGUGAAGCUUGACAACAAGCUAAAGAAUCGGCAGUUCAAGAAAGAGAGCACCGACAAGAAACACCGCAAGGAGCAGAAGAAGCUCCGGGCAGCUAUCAAAGAUGCUGUCUUGAAGACCCCCUUCCCCCUGGAGCGCUACAAGAAGAGGCCAGAGGAUGAAGAGGAGGAGGAGUUUGUGGAGUCCCUGCCAAUGGACAUGAUGGAGGAAGAUGACCUGGAGCAGAUCAAGGCAAUGGCUCAGAAAGCCUCCUUCCUCACCAGAGACCUGUCGUCAAGUGGUCCAGUGCAUGCCAAAAAGCGCAAGGGGGAGCAGCAGGGGCCAGAGAGUUAUGAGAAGAUGCCCAGAAAGAUGCAGCUAACAGAGGAAAAGGAGGUCAUUCACCUCCUGCCAAUCAAAGACAAGAUUAGAGGCCUCAUCCCUCAGAGCAUGGAGAAACCUGUUGUAGAAAAAAAGGCUGAGGAGGAGGAAGGAGAUGCCCCGACUGGCUUGGAGCAAUUUGAAAACGAGGAUGAGGCUGUGCCCGGGCCGGCCCUGACCCCUCAGGAGCAGCUGAAGCUCCGCACACAGAAGCUGACCAACAGAAAACUACGAAUCGCUAGUCUAGGAUCAGACAUCCUCUCAGACCCCACCACCAACAUCAAGAAGCUGAAAGAGCUGCGAGCCAUGCUGAUGGAGACUGACCCCUAUGUGGCCGUGACGGUCAGAAAGCUGGUCAUGGUCUCUCUGAUGGAGGUCUUCAAGGACAUUGUCCCCUCCUACAGAAUCAGACCCCUGACAGAGACCGAGAAAGCCUCAAAGGUGAAGAAAGAGACCCAGCAACUGAGGGAGUUUGAGGAGGGCUUGGUGAGCCAGUACAAGUUCUACCUGGAGAACCUGGAGCAAACGGUCAAAGACUGGAAGCAGAAGAAGAGAAAGAGGAGCGAGGCGGUGUCACUGCAGUCUUAUAGGGGCCUGGCUGAGGUGGCCAUCCGCUGUAUCUGUGAGCUGCUGGUGGCCCUGCCACACUUCAACUUCCACAACAACAUCAUCGUCACGGUGGUGCCCCUGAUGAACGACCCUGUCAAGAGGGUGUCUGACAUGUGCUGUGAAGCAGUCAAGAAGCUACUGAAGCAGGACAAACAGGGCCAUGCCUCACUUGGGACAGUCAAAGUUAUCUCCGGCCUGGUUAAAAGCAGAAACUAUGACGUCAGACCAGAGCUACUCAAGGUUCUCCUCUGCCUGAGGAUAAAGGAGGUGGAGGUGAAGAAAGAUACAGAUGACACAGCUCCCAAAAAGAAGUUCAUGAACUAUAAAGACAAAAAGAAGAAUCUGUCCAGGAUGCAAAGGAAGUGGAAGAAGGCUGAAGAGAAACUAGAGAAAGAGCUGCUAGAGGCUGAGGCAUCAGAGAGCAAAGACAAGAAGCUCAAACUGCACACAGAGACCUUGAACAUAGUGUUCUUGAUAUACUUCAGAAUACUGAAGAAAGCUCAGAAGUCUAUCCUGCUUCCCUCCGUUUUAGAAGGUCUAGCAAAGUUUGCCCAUCUAAUCAACCUGGAGUUCUUUGAUGACUUGUUGAACGUUCUUCAACAUCUUAUCCAAUCAGGAGAUCUGACCUAUCGGGAAAGCCUUCACUGCAUUCAGACAGCUUUCAACAUUCUCUCUGGUCAAGGUGAUGUCCUCAAUAUUGACCCACUGAAUUUCUACAGCCACCUGUACAAGACGCUGCUCAAACUCAAUGCUGGUGCAUCUAAUGAUGACAUCAGCAUCGUGCUGCGUUGUCUCGACGUGAUGCUGACCAAGCGCAGGAAACAGGUGACCCUGCAGCGUGCCCUGGCCUUCGUCAAGAGACUGAGCACACUCAGUCUGCACACACUGCCCAACGCUACCGUGGGAAUCCUGGCAUCCAACAGGACGUUGAUGCAUACCUUCCCCAAGUGUGAUAUCCUCCUGGACAAUGAGGCUCAGGGUAGUGGGGUGUUCCUUCCUGAGCUGGAUGAGCCAGAGUACUGUAACCCUCAGAACACUGCCCUGUGGGAACUACACACACUCAAGAGACAUUACCACCCAGUGGUCAGGAGGUUUGCCACUCACCUCUGUGCAGGGGCUCCCAGUGAAGGAUCUGGAGCGCUAAUCGUUCAACUUGCUAGAAGGCACCCAGUGGAGCUGUUUGAGGAUUACAGAGCUAAAGACAUGACCUUCAAUCCUCCAGUGGUAGCGCCUUCCACAAAGAAGAAGGAUUAUUUCACGAUAGGCCUUGCCCUGCUGGAUGAUAAAUUAAAGCAGCAGAUUGAUCGUGUUCUCUCAGCGGAGGAAGAGGAUCCUAUGUCGCUGGAUUUCUCUGCAGUUCUACCACAGACCAACAGCACAUAAUACUUCAGACCCCACCGGAAAACACCCUUUCCUUUGUGCCCUGUAUUUUAGUUCUAAAUGGACUGUAAAAUAACAACAGUAUGCUGGCGACAUUGCUUUUUGACUAGAAUGGAUACAGUUAAGUGUUGAAUUAAACCACCUGCCUCAUUGAUUACUCAUAACCCUGACCUACAGGGCCUUCAGAAAGUAGUCACACCCCUGGACUUUUUCCACAUUGUUAUAACCUGAAUUUAAAAUGGAUUAAAUUGAGAUUGUCACUGGCCGACACACAAUACCCCCAUAAUGUCAAAUUGGAAUUGUGUUUUUAGAAAUGUAUAGAAGCUUAAAUCAAGUAUUCAACCCCUUUUAUGGCAAGCCUAAUUAUGUUCAUGAGUAAAAAUGUGCAUAACUCACA